AUGAUCGGGUUGCGCAUGGUGGUUCUCGAGACGGGGGAGGAUGCUACAGACCCAUUCCAUUCCAUUUCAAUUAGCCCCAACCAAACAGCUCACACAAAUCGAUCGAAGGGCUACAGAGUAAACUUACGAAACCCACAGUCCCUCCCCCCUGAUCCCGUCGCUGCCGGACUUCCCCGCCCCCCCGCACUCCCCUGCCUCCGGUGAACUUGCAACCCCCCAGCCCCGGCUCCGGAUCCAGCGGGCGGACUACCGGGCACGCUCCUAAUAAUCUUGAACAGCUCCUCGAGAACAUCCCUUCCCAACUCGCCCCCACCCCCAACUGCCGGGGGCGAAGGGGAAGAAGCCAGAAAGCUACGUGCCAGCUUCGGCGAUGAGGAUGAUGAGGAUGACGGGAUGCGUGCUGGCGGCGCGGGGGAAGUGAGCGGACUAGGGGACCGCGGGAGCGGGAGCGGGAAUUGGUCAAGGAGGAGGAGCGGACGCGGGUGUCGGAAUUGUGGGAGGCGGAGGGGGCGAGGGGCGAAGACGGGGUUUGGCGACGAUGCGGUGGUUGUGGAGGAGGAUGAGGUGGUGGAAGUGGAGGUGGAGGUGGAGGAGAAGGGGGGAGGGGGAGGGGUGGAUGGGGGUGUCGCUAGGUCCGAGUCCGUAUCGUCUGGGAGCGGAGGAGGGGGGGUGGUAGCGGUGGUGGUUGCGGGGGUCAGGGAGAUUGAGGGGGGGGUCGACAUUGUCUGUUUGGUUGAUGUGGGGUGGGAAUGUGGAGAUGUGCGGUGUUUUGGGUAUCUGUUUUGAGGUGGCGGUGGUGGUGGCGGUGGUGGUGGUAGAGAGAGAGAGAGGUGGGGAUGCUGUAGCAAAGCUCAAGAUAAGGUAUCUUUGUUGAGGGAGAAGAACGACGGGGAGGAAAAUCUUCCUUUGUUGACCAGAGAUGAGCCGAGUUGA